AUGGUGCUUUAUUUCCAUAAUUCCCAUACUUACCCGCACACCUUCGAGACGGUCAGUCUGGCCUACUUCAACCGGUAUCCGAACCCGUACUCGUCGCACGUUCUGUCGACAGACACUCUGGACAAACACAUCGACUCCGAAGGCCGACUCCACCAGACAAAACUGGUGAUGAAAGCAGGGCGGCUUCCGAAGUGGGUCAAGCCGUUUCUGGGCAAAAUCUCCACCUCGUGGAUCAUCGAGCGAACCGUUGUUGACCCAAAGAACAAGACAAUGCAAACAUACACAAGAAACCUUGACCAUACAAAAAUCAUCCAGAUCGAAGAACAUAACCAGUACACGUUUGACCCAACUUCCAAUCACACCACCAACAAAAUCACCGUCAAGUUCUCAUCCGGAUUUCGCGGACUGGGUAUCAAAAACAGAAUCGAAAGCUGGUCAAAGACAAAGUUCGACGAAAACCUCAUGCGAUCCCGUCAAGGACUCCGCUACGUGAUGGAUUCUGUCCGGGACAGACUUUAUUCGUUGCAAACGGUAUAA